AUUAUUUGCUAAUUGUUAAAAAGCUGGUUGUCAUCGAUACGUAUUCUUAUUGUCAUAAACGUUUCAACCACAUCGUUGUCUACAACUUGAAAUCUAUAAUACUAAAUCGAGUGAUCGAUAAUUAUAGAAUACACGUCUAUUUCUUAAUUUGUAAUUAAUGUUUGAAGAGAAUCAAAAUUAUUUUAGAGGAACCCUAACCUGAAAGAACACUUAUAUUCUUUCACUUGGAAUUUAUAUGUGUGUAUCAUUUAUAGUUUUAUACAACCCCUCAAUUUCUUUUUGUUGUUAAUUAAUACCAAUUGAUUAUCUUUAAUCCAAAAGCUCGAGUACAAAAAAUUAUUAUAAUAUCGUAUAUGCCUUCAAACACAAGGCAGCCGGCCGGCCCAAGGCGGCAAAGCCCAUUGGGCGACGGUGGCACGAAUUAUAUGGCUUUUUUUUUUUUUAAUUGUCUUUGAUGUUCUGUUUAAAAACAAGAACCUUUAGCAUAAUUACCUUCCAAUCUGCCAAUCUCUCUUAUCAAAUGCCCUUUGCAAAUCCUCCCUUCUAAUCUCUUUCCUCCUCAGCCGCCAUGGUAGCAGGUUCUAGCUGUUGUGCCGGAGACUCGGUCGAUGGAAGGUAACGUUUGAUUGAUUUCCUUCUAUCUUCUAUCACUAGCUAGUUUGGGCCACAGAUCAAUGAAGGGAGCGGCCGCCGCCGCCGCCGUGUCGGCGAGCAACACCUCGUGGCGGAUCUUCACGUACAAGGAGCUCCACGUGGCCACCAAUGGGCUUAGCGAAGACAACAAGUUGGGAGAAGGCGGGUUUUGGGAGCGUCUAUUGGGAGAAGACCAACGACGGACUAAGAUUGCGGUGAAGAAGUUGAAGGCGAUGAACUCGAAGGCGGAAAUGGAGUUCGCGGUGGAAGUGGAGGUGCUUGGAAGGGUGCGUCACAAGAAAUUGUUAGGGCUUAGAGGGUAUUGUGCCGGCACCGAUCAACGCCUCAUAGUUUAUGAUUACAUGCCAAAUCUCAGCCUCCUGUCUCAUCUCCACGGCCAGUUCGCCGACGAGGUUCAGCUAGACUGGAAGUGCUGGAUGAAGGUUGCCAUCGGCUCCGACGAAGGCCUUCUGUAAGUGAAAACCCUCAUCUCCUGGUUUUUCUAAUGACAUAUAUCCAUAAAUAAAUCUCUCUCAAUGACACGAGGUAUUGGAUCAACUUAUACUUGAUAUGUUACACUUGAUAUUUCACAAUAUUUGAUGACCAAAAUAUCUUGUUUUCAAAUCUCGAUAACCUUCAUUUGUUAAGCAUAUAGUAUUCGGAUAUGUGCACUCUUCAAGCCCAUAUGACCAGUUGGUUUAAAUUUGUGAGGACAUGUGUUAAUAAAUGGUAAAAGAUUCAUAAUUGGACAUCUUCCAAUAAUUCGAGUUAUUAGAACCAACUGGUUAUUAACAUUGUAUCAGAGCCUUUCAUAAUAACCCUAACUCGAAUAUGAAAAACACAUAAUUUCUACUACUAUGAUAAAGAAUGCAUAUAUGCCAAAUUACAUAAUAAUACUGCUCGUACGACUCAUACUAUAAUAGCUUGAUAUUAGUAGCAACUAGCGUGGGCCCCGACCAGUUGUCCGGAGGAAGGUGAGAUAUGAAAUUUGAUAAUGUAAUGGGGUGUAUAGCUUAUUGUUGUAUAGUUUUUUUUUUUGGGAAACACGUGAUAAAAAUAGUGAAUUUUAGCAGGAAAGAGACAUGAUUGAUGCAACGAAUCAAAAAUCGGCCUUAUGAACCAAAAUCAAGUACCUGUUACCUUGUGAAACAAUAAUGUUUCUGGUAAUAUGAUGAGGUGGAGUAAGUUUUAUAGAAACCGAAUUCCAGAAAAUCGAAUAAAAAAUCGCCUAUCCCGUCGGUUUUCGGGAAAUGAGCAUCUCACAAUCGUUGCUAUCUUUCACUCGGCCCGUUGGUCGAUUAAUUUGCUUUAUAAAACUUUCAUCUUGUCGUCAUUGUGCUUUCUGGUUUUUGUCAGGCCAUGAUAAAAUCUAAGGAAAUCAAGAACGAACAACACGAUUUGGGAUAGGAACCGCCGUUGUCGUAUCCCUAGAAAAUGGUGGUAAACACGGACUCACCUGCCAAACUGGUUUGGAUUGAGAUUUUUAUUGGGUAUCAGGGAACCAUGUGAUUAUAAAUUAGACUUGAUCAAAACGGGUCAAAACUUAAAAUUCAGCCUGUUUGACCGACUCAUGCCAAAUUCUAAUUAUUAUUUACUUUUAAACUUUCUAUUUGAAAAUAAAAAAUAGUGAAAGAAAAGAGAUGACUGCAAUUCGCCAUUUUCACAUCACUUAUUCGGGAAUAAAACCAUAGAAAUUCAAAGGAACUGAAAAUGUUUAGGAUCGUUUUAAUGUUUAAAAUAACCAAAUAGAUCUUUCUGUUUAGUUUUUUACUAACAAAUACCAAACGAUUCCCUAUAAAAUACACUAUAAUUUGAUCAUUAUGAUAUCAAAUAAUUAUAUAAUAUAUAUUUGAAAUAAUAAAAAUUGGACUAAUUGGUUGGUCGAGGUUGAACCAUUGAAUAACUUUAAAAUACAUUAUAUUUUAGCCAAUAAGAUAUAAAAUAAUAGCAUAAUAUAUAUUAUGCCAGAGAAAAUAGCUUGUUUUAGAAUGUCAAAUCAAUGAUGUUCAUUUGUUCUACUUGAUGGCCAAAUCCCGUGUAGGUCGGGUCCAUUCAACUCUUUUAUUUUAUGGUAAGCGGUUAGCCCAUUAGAUACCAUGCAUUAGUUUAUUGUUAAAUUUUUUAUUUUUAGCAAUAAAACGAAGUAUUGUUUUUGCAUUUUCAUAUAUAUUUUAUCACCACAGAGAAAUAAAAGGGUAUAAAGAAAAAAAUUGACACUCCUGGACCCGUUUAAAUCCGCAUGUGUACGGUAAGUUGGCCCGUUCCACAUAGAAAAGAGAAAAAAAUUGACACUCCCUAUUCUACCUCCUGGAGUAGAGAAUUUGAAAUGGGGGAAGAGUUUUUUCCUCCCUGCUAUUAUAUGUUUUUAAUUUAAAAGGAUACAACAAAUGUACUUAGUGUGAUUGGUUAUGAUCCUUGCCUUUCUUUAAAAUGGUCAUGUAUCUUUUUAAUGAAUAAAAAAAAAGUAA